AUGGCGACACCUACUUCCGCGCCUCAGCGGCCUGACUCUAUCUCCAUCGCUCCGCUCCUGCAGCGUUUGGCUUACCCCGCGGAUGCUGCGCUUCAAUUAAGUGCAGAAGCAAGAGCUACUAGCGCAGAAGUAAUUGCUGAAGUGGGGGCAGAUGAAAUUGCUGCUGCUUUUGCUUUAAUAUUUGAGGAUCGUCUUUCCCAUAUUCAAGCAGCUGCACUUCUCACAUUGCUCCAUUCAACCGGAAAGGAUCGACAAGCUGAUGUAAUUGCGAAAUGCUCUCAUUGUAUGCGACGAGCAGCUUGCCAGGUGGAGAAAGGUCCGCUUCAGAAGGUCAUCAAGUCUCGGUCUCUUGGGAUGCAUACUGGAAACUAUAAGGGUGGAUUGUGUGACAUCGUUGGAACUGGAGGAGACUCCCAUUCGACCUUCAACAUUUCGACAACCUCCUCGAUCGUUGCCUCGCCCAUCGUGAUGACAGCUAAGCAUGGCAACCGUGCCCAGACGUCCUUCUCCGGAUCCGCCGACGUUCUCAAUGCCAUCCAGCCAAUUCCACCGAAGAUUUCAGCGAUCACCGCCGAAAACCUGGCCCAGGUCUAUGAAAAGAGCACAUAUUCCUUCUUGUUCGCUCCUAAUUUCCACCCGGGAAUGAGUCAUUCCAACCCUGUCCGCAAGGGCCUUGGCCUGCGAACUAUUUUCAACUUAAUGGGCCCAUUGGCAAACCCGGUUGACUGGGCUAUCGAAGCGCGAGUGGUUGGUGUUGCCUACAAGAGCCUUGGCCCGGUAUUCGUCGAGGCUCUCAAACAAAGCGGAUCAAAGAAAGCGCUGGUUGUUUGUGGCGAGGAGGACAUGGAUGAAAUCAGCUGUGCUGGAAAGACAAACUGCUGGAGGCUCUCGGAGUACCCCAACCCCGAGUACAAGGAAUCCGAAGACGACGGAGAUGAAUCCAGCGACGAUGAAAGCGAGAUCCCUCGCACAUUGGUCAAGCAAGAUUAUUUCCAGCUCCACCCAUCGGACUUUGGUCUCUCCACCAACCCUCUUAGUGCCGUGGGUGGACGUAAGAUGCCAAAGGACAAUGCUGCUAAGUUGAUAAGCAUUCUUCGGAACGAACUUGAGCGGGACGACCCAAUCUUAGAGUUCGUUCUCAUGAAUGUGGCAGGCUUACUUGUCACCUCAGGCGUGUGCGAAGCUGAUACAAGCAAUAUGGGGCCUGGCGAUGAUGGCAAGGUCAUCACCGAACGUGGUCCCGGCGGCGGCCGCUGGAAGGAAGGUGUGCGCCGUGCACGCUGGGCGAUCGAGAGCGGCCAAUCUCUGAAGAGCUUGGAGCAAUUCAUUGAAGUUACCAACCAGCUGUAA